AGAGAGAGAGAGAGAGAGAGAGAGCGCCCUUGUCCCGAUGAAGGAGCUCAGGAGUUUGGUGGGGCUGCUGGGGCUGAUUCUAAUGCCUCUUCUUUCCACCAGCCUCCUCUCCCUCCUCCUCUUCUCCCUCCUCCCGGAGUGAAUCCGAGGCUCCAUUCACUCCGCGCUCGCUUGGGUCGCUGCUGCCGCCGCCGCCGCUCCCCGCUCGCUUCCUUACGGGAUAGCAAAAGUUGGAGCGAAGCGAGGGUUGCUGCAACAUGAGCGAGCUGGAAGGGGACUUUGCCAAGCUUCUGCUGCUGAAGGAUGAGCGGAUUAAAGAGCUGGAGAAGCGCUUGUCGGAGAAGGACGAGGAGCUCCAGGAGCUGAAGAGGAAGCUGCACAAGUGUCAGUCGGUGCUCCCCGCGCCCACCACCCACAUCGGACCCCGCACCACCCGGGCGCAAGGCAUCUCCGCCGAGCCUCAGACCUAUCGCUCCUUCCACGACCUCCGGCAGGCGUUUCGGAAGUUCACCAAAUCCGAAAGGUCAAAGGAUCUAAUAAAGGAAGCUAUCCUUGACAAUGACUUCAUGAAGAAUCUAGAACUAUCUCAGAUCCAGGAGAUUGUGGAUUGUAUGUAUCCAGUGGAAUAUGGUAAAGACAGUUGCAUCAUCAAAGAGGGAGAUGUGGGUUCACUGGUAUAUGUCAUGGAAGAUGGAAAGGUUGAGGUGACAAAGGAAGGUGUAAAACUGUGCACCAUGGGGCCUGGCAAGGUAUUUGGGGAACUUGCUAUCCUUUACAACUGCACCCGGACAGCCACCGUCAAAACUCUCGUAAAUGUGAAACUUUGGGCUAUUGAUCGGCAAUGUUUUCAAACAAUAAUGAUGAGGACUGGCCUCAUCAAGCAUACAGAGUAUAUGGAAUUUUUAAAAAGUGUUCCAACAUUCCAGAGCCUUCCUGAAGAGAUACUUAGUAAGCUUGCUGAUGUCCUUGAAGAGACGCACUAUGAAAAUGGAGAGUAUAUUAUCAGGCAAGGUGCUCGUGGGGACACUUUCUUCAUAAUCAGCAAAGGCAAGGUAAAUGUUACUCGUGAAGAUUCACCUGGGGAAGAGCCAAUCUUUCUCCGUACUUUAGGAAAGGGAGAUUGGUUUGGAGAAAAAGCGCUCCAGGGGGAAGAUGUCAGGACGGCCAACGUUAUUGCUGCUGAAGCUGUAACCUGUCUUGUCAUCGACAGAGACUCUUUCAAACAUUUAAUUGGAGGUCUGGAUGACGUUUCCAAUAAAGCAUAUGAGGAUGCUGAAGCAAAAGCAAAAUAUGAAGCCGAAGCUGCCUUCUUCGCCAACCUGAAACUGUCUGACUUCAACAUCAUUGACACCCUUGGAGUUGGAGGUUUUGGAAGAGUUGAACUGGUCCAAUUGAAAACUGAUGAAUCAAAAACUUUUGCAAUGAAGAUACUAAAGAAGCGGCACAUAGUAGACACAAGACAGCAGGAACACAUCCGCUCAGAGAAGCAGAUCAUGCAAGGGGCUCACUCAGAUUUUAUUGUGAGGCUAUACAGGACAUUCAAGGACAGCAAAUAUUUAUAUAUGUUGAUGGAAGCCUGUUUAGGUGGAGAGCUUUGGACAAUUCUCAGGGACAGAGGUUCAUUUGAAGAUUCUACAACCAGAUUUUAUACUGCAUGUGUGGUAGAAGCUUUUGCCUAUCUGCAUUCCAAAGGAAUCAUUUAUAGGGACCUCAAGCCAGAAAACCUCAUUCUAGAUCACCGAGGUUAUGCCAAACUGGUUGAUUUUGGCUUUGCAAAAAAAAUAGGAUUUGGAAAGAAAACAUGGACUUUUUGUGGAACUCCAGAGUACGUAGCCCCAGAGAUCAUCCUGAACAAAGGUCAUGACAUUUCAGCAGACUACUGGUCACUGGGAAUCUUAAUGUAUGAACUCUUGACUGGCAGUCCACCUUUCUCAGGCCCAGACCCCAUGAAAACUUAUAACAUCAUACUAAGGGGGAUUGACAUGAUUGAAUUUCCAAAGAAGAUUGCCAAAAAUGCUGCUAACCUAAUUAAAAAACUAUGCAGGGACAACCCAUCAGAAAGAUUAGGGAACUUGAAAAAUGGAGUCAAGGAUAUUCAAAAGCACAAGUGGUUUGAAGGCUUUAACUGGGAAGGUUUAAGAAAAGGUACACUGACACCUCCUAUAAUACCAAGUGUUGCAUCUCCAACAGAUACAAGCAAUUUUGAUAGCUUCCCUGAGGACAACGAUGAACCACCACCUGAUGACAACUCAGGAUGGGACACAGACUUUUAAUGUAUUUCUCUUACCUGCUUCUGCCUUGCUGAAGACAGCUUCCUAAGACAUGGCUGCCAGCAGACCUGAAGGAAUUGGGAAGGAUUAGUGCUCGGGGUCACCAUGAUGCCUUGAUUGAUGCUGCUACAGUAACUACAGUGGCAUUAGGACUUCUUGCUUAGAUGACAAUAGUGCUCUUCACAUGUUUUCUGUUUGAACUUAACAUAGCAGUUGACAUGGUGGUCCUGAAGCAAAGCCUUUUUCACCAGUAAUUAAAUGUGUUUUCUAUCAUUGUAAUGAACUUGCUAUGCUCCAGUCAUGAUUUGAAAGUUGAUAGAGUAAGAUGCACAUAAUUCUAGCUGCAAGAUCAUUUUAUUGCUAAUUCUGUUCUGAAAUGUUAAGUACUGUAGCUUAUUCUACACUGUAGAAUCUACAGUAUAGAAUCUGGGGUACUCCCAAAGCGCAAAAUGAGUGUAUUGGGCCUCUUAAAGUAGGCCAGCAUAAUAAACCAAGAAGGACCACAAAGCUAUUGGUCUAGGAGUUCAUGUCAAAGCAAUGCUAUAAGUUGUCUUUCUUUUCGAGCAGUAUUCAUGACAAAAAUGAAUGUUAUCUUUUUCUAUAUUUAAUUUCUGACGUGCUUUCCCCCCCAAACUGAUAACAAAAGCACAACCGCUACAUUUUCUGUCGAACUCUUACAGCAAGUAUGCAUUGGUCGGUUCUCAGAUGUGUCUGAGAACAAUGGUAUAUCUAACAUUUAAUUUUGUUGGUACAGCUACAUAAGAGCAUGUAGAAAAUUAUUCAUAAAACUAUUCAUUUUACACAUAUAUAAUAACUAUAUUAUAAACAAAGAAAAUGUGCUUAUUGAAAGGUCCUAGAAAGGAAAUGAUAGCAGCCAACUGGUCUAAUAGGCAUUAAAACUGAGCUUAAAAUAGCAUUUACUUUUUAGAGCCCAAUGAGGAAACAUGCAAGACUCACUGCAUACUAUAUAGGUGCUAUGUACAUUUUUUAUCCGUGAAAUAACCAAACAUCCAGUCAUUUUUCAGGAAAAUAUGUAGCAAGAAAUAUGAUUGUCAAUUAAAAUCUUAACACAAAAAAUAAUCUCUAGAUACACACAUACAUUUUUGCUGCGCCUUCACAGCACUGACAUCAUUUUGUUUUGUUUUGCUAUUUUACUAAGCCUCUUCGUCCCACUGUUAUGCAGCUAUAUUUUGAUUAUUCAUUUCAAAUGUUAAGUAACUCAGCUCUCCCUGUGAAGCAUAAUAAUAAAAUCAUAAGUCAUCAACCUAAAACUAUGGGGUGCAAUGUGAACAGCUGAAAUGGAGCACUUCAAAAUCCCAUUAUUUUAAAGGGAGAGUUUAGCACAUGCUUAAAUUUAUCCUAUGGAAAUCAAUGAGACCUUAAAAUGCUUCACUUUGGGUGAAUCAUACCUACUAUGUUUGAGUCUUCAAACAUAUCUGUGUAUUUUUUUUGAAAAUAGGUUUUAAAAACAAAGAUGAGCAAUGAUAUCAAUGUCAGGGAAGAUUCUCAUGAGUUUGUAUGACAUCCACAAGCAACUGUGCACUUCCAGUAUAUUUACACCUUCAUAUGAAGAACUCUAACUGCUAAAGCAGCCUUAUACAUAUGACAUAGUUUUUAUUAGUCCAAUAAAAAAUAGCCCACACUUUUAAGUUGCCAUAACAUAAUAUGAAAUGCCAUCUGAAAAUAAACCCAUCUGAGCACUAAUUCACAUUCCUUAUUUUUCUCAAAGCAACACCACUACUCUCACAACAACUUGAAUCCAACAAAAGCAAUUUUCAUUUCCAGUUUUGCUCUUAAUGAGUUAAUUUAGCUCCUCUCUAAUUAUUUUGUAUCUAGCCUCUCUCUUUUAUCAUUAUACCACCUCUUCUUGCUUUGCCCUUUCCAGUAUUUCAUUUUCUUUGGAAUUAAUGGGGCUUAAGUUCAAUCAUGACAAACUUGCCACAUUGAUUUCAGUGGGACCUAAAUUCAACCAAUUUACAGGGCAAUCCAAUGCAUGCUUAUUCAGAAGUAAAUCCCACUAUUUUCAGAGAGGCUUACCCACAGCAAAGCAUGCACAGGAUCGCAGUCUCAGUGUGGAUCCAGCCCAGUUUGUUUAAUGUAGCAUUUUAGACCCACUCUCUGGGCUAUAAUUAUAUUGUUUAGGAAACACAGCAUAAUUGUGUUCUCAGUAUUGUUUUUUCCAGAAGUGAUGCUUAGAUGCAAUGCAGUUUUUUUACUAGCUCAAUACAAACUACUGCAAAAAAAAGCCCUCAAAAGCUUUUCAGAUCAAUCUUUUCAGUUGCCCAAAAGGCCAUCGGGCUUCUGAUCUUAUACAUUAGAAGUGAACAUGUGGGUUUGAGGAAAGAAAAAAGAUGUCAUAGCCUUCUUUGUAUUUUUGCACAUUUGACAUUAGCAUAACUCUUUCUGGAGUCAUUCCUUUUGGAGCUGAUAUACAUUAGAGCAAACUUGUCCCAUUUCCAUCUCAUUCCUCAUAGAAAGAACCAAAAUAAUUAUCCUUUUUAAAAAAUAUGCUUUCCCACCAUUUAUGAUAGCAUCCACGCAAUAUAAUUAUGAGGAAAUAGCAACCAGAAGCAUUGGUGGCCAGGAACAGCUCAAUCCUAGAAAUCAGCACUCUGCUUCCAGCACAUAUAGGAAUAUUUGUGGGGACACCAGGAUCCCACCAUAAGCAAAUACAGCAGCAUUUGAAGUCUGCUUCAGAGCUUCCAAGCCUUGCACCACUAUAAUAUGACAGGUCUUCCCCCAGCCUCAUACAUAUACACACACACACCUCCUUGCACAACGUCUUAUGAACUGUUAAGGGUUGUUCUGGCCAAAACUGGCAUUAGCAGGAAUGAGACAGCCUCUCUUAGACAGAGAGAUUUCCAUUUCCUAAGUUCUAGGUUGUGUUUAAGCUGAAGGGGCAUGUAAUUAUUUGCUCAUUAAAAUUUAUCACUCUUCCAAAAUUGGUCAAGAGAUAAAGAAACAAAUAUAAGAUGUCAAAAUUAAAAAAUGGGUAAGUAAAGCAGGGAUAAGUCAAGUAAAAAAAAAAUACAGCCCUGCUGCUGUUGGAGCCGAUCAUAUCAAACUACUGGAGGUACUUUACUGUAUACCAGAAAUUAUUACAGAAUCCACAUUUGGCAGCCAUCUCCACAGACCUUCCAUCAUUCAAACUCUAACAAUUGCAGCAGUCCAACAUGUAUUGAUGUUCUGCAUCCAACCUUAAGUUUCAAAAUGGAUGUUUUUGUUUUUAAAUAAGUAGAAAAACCAGGGGCUUGGAUUUUUCUUUAUAAAAUUAACCAGAAAAUUAACCCUGAUUUCACAGUUUGUCAAAAACAUUAAACUGGGUUCUGUUAUCUUGAAAGUUCUGACAAUUUUUCACAUUCAUGAGGCUGGUCACAACUUGAACAGAGCUUUCUAAACAGAUAUACAGCUUUGUCCAAUAAGUAAAUAUACCAAGUUUUCUAGAACAGACUUCAUGUAGCUCAAGCCCCUAAAACCUAUAGUCAGCUUUGUGCUUUUUAAAUUCUAAAUCGGUAAGAGACAACAAGAAGCACUGCACCACUUAUUGAUCAUUUCUGCUGCUCAUUAAACCUGUAUGGCAUAGCAUUUGCCACAUCUGCCAAUUAUUUUUAGACACCAUCCAGCACAUAAAUUCUAAAGAUACAACUUAAGCAUUUAAACACCGCCUGAAGCAUUUCCUGACAUUUGAUACUAGGGCUAGAACAUUACCAUAGUCAAAUUUGCAAAAGUCACCCUGUUUCUGGAUUAUAGCUGGAAUCGCUUCUAAGAAGCACUCUCUGAACCCCAGUUUUGAAGUGAUAUAUCUACAGUGAGUGAACUAAAAUGCAAAACUUGUUGAUUUUGAUUUACUUUUCCUAUUUAUAUACAUAAGAGCAUACUGUCUCCAGUUUAAAGAGUUGAUGACAAUGCGUCAUCCCAAAUCAUUCAGCUGAAGAGAGUCACACACACAAAUGUAAUAAUAUUUAUGCAAGGAAAAUUUCAAAGUGAGCUUGGUAUGAAUUAUUAUGCUUGAUUCCUUCCAUUUGCCCUGGAGCCACAUUCAAUAAUAUAAAUUUGGUGCAGUGUGCACUUAAUACAAAUUUAUUUUGUCAUAUCACUCACUUGCAUUUUCUUUACCAAAUGUAUUUUAAAUAUCUUAAGCUAGCAUAUGUAUAUUAAUAAACCCUGCAUUUAUAAGUAAUAUAUUUUAUUUACAUAUAUAUGUAUAUAUAUAUAGGCAUACACACAUUCACAUUUCAAUGUAGCAUCUUAACUAGUCCACAUGUCACUCUUUCAAUGCACAUCUCACAAAAGAAUGGCAUCCCAUGGUGAGUAUUCCAUCUCUGGCUAUAACAUGAAGCAUUGCUCAACCACAGCCAUACUAUUACAAAUUUCUUCAGUCCCAUUGUACAUCAUUAGUGGCUGCAGGCAGGAGUGGAAAAACUAACCACACAAUGACCCCAGUCCAGCUUCCCUUUACUGCUAGGAAUGGAAAGCUUGCCAUCUGCCUAGCAGAUAUAGUAUGUGGAGUACUUAUUAUUUGUGCUGCAGUCUUCAGAUAAAUUUGCUCAUGAGUAAAGCCCAUUCAUUCUGGUAGACUUUAUUCCCUAUAAAUGUGCUUGGAAUUGGGACUCUCCUCCUCUUAAAUAUAUAGAAUAAUGAUGGAUCUGCAUAAAAGGAAAUUUGCUGUCAUAAUGGAAACACAUUUGCUAGAACUGGGUUCUAAAGGUACAGGUGAGCUGUAGCUUAUUACAGUGCUGCAUUAUCCACAGAAAAUUCUUAUUUAAUAAUAGGACCACAAACAAAUAUUUAUGUAAAUAGAUAUUUUUUCGUGUUGAUAUUUUGUGGUACACAUAUAGCUUUUUAUUUAGAACUUCAUUGCAUUAUUCUUUCAUUUUCUUAUUUGUAAGGUAACGUUUUUAGAUCAAAGUAGACUUGAAUUAAUGUCAUAAUUGUCAGUAUUACUGAAACUUACGUCAACUGUACCGUUGUUCAUCUGUCCCAUAGUUUAGAUCAUCAUCUAGUAGUUUGGCAUUGUUGCAAGUGCCUUAAAUUCAUGGCAUCCUAUAAAAAAAAUACAAAUUUGGUGUUAUGCUGCAUGACAAAGACAAACACACCUCAAAAUGUUGUCCUUUCUUAGCUUGCUGCGUUUUACAGUUCUUUCGGCUAACAGUUUAUAAGCCUUUAUUAUAUAAUAUUGAUGAAUUACAGAAAUGAUGAAGUUGUUCUCUUAUUUCUGUUAUAAAUGUACCAGAGCUGUGUAUCUGUUAAUGAGAUACAGCGUCAUUUCUGUGAAAUGUAUAAAUGUAUGUGCAGGUCAAAUUAAUAUAUGACAUACUAUCAGUCUGUAUACAGGUAUUCCUGUUUUGCUAAGCUGUGCAAAUUUUAAAACUGUAGUGCAGUAAAAGUUCUAACAUAUCACAUUUUAUAAUAGACUCCAUUGCAAAAAUAUUCCAAUCAGACCAAUGAUUAGCAAACUGACUUGUCAAAUUCACACCACACAAUAUUCUUCUCAUUGUGAAACCAAUGACUGCAGAAGGAGUGAAUCUUGUUGCACCACUGAACAAAACAGGACCAGUGCUUUCUAUGAGUUUCUUGUAUAUGCAAAUGUUUCUGAGACAAACUCUCAGUUGUACAUCUUAGAAAGCUAAACACUGAAAGUGUGUUAUUCGUCCUCUUCCUCUGUGAACAGUCCACUCCAUAAACAGACCACAGCACUGAGACAUUGAUGUUUCAGGCUUUAAUAGCAAAGGGAAAUUGAUUCAGCGUUGCCUACUACCGUACUUAUUCCAAUGUAUGCUGUUUUUACACUGGUGGUUUCCUUUAUAAUCUUAAUGGCUAUUCUUCCUUUGGUUUUCUUCUUAAUAAGAAUUCUACAUGAAAGAGAAUUUAAUUUUGUUUGUCCAAGAUACACUUUCAUCAAAUGGUCGUUGACCAGUUGCACUCUUUUGAUGUAGACUUUAAAGAAAACUUUUUAUCAUAAACUUAACUGCUUUUGUUUUGCUCUGUAUUUUCCCUGCAGCUGUAAUUGCCGAG